AUGCACCAUAUUGAAUACUUGAACAAUACGCUUUAUUCCGAAAUGGCUCAGUUGCCAUGGUCAACCACUCCCCAUCUCCCAAGACGAUUGAAUGGCAAUGACAUGUUUAGCUUUCUUCUUCGACUGGAAAAUGAUACGGAAGUUUACUAUCAAGGAUGCGGACGUGAUAUAGCUGGACUUGUACGCAGCGACGCACCUAUCCCAUUUGAAUGCGGCAUCUACUAUUAUGAGAUGCACAUCAUUUCCAAAGGCGAACAUGGAUACAUUGGUAUCGGUUUUUGUCAUCGAGAAAAUAAUCUGGAUAUCCUUCCUGGUUGGGAAGAGAACUCAUGGGGCUAUCAUGGUGAUGAUGGAAACUCUUUUCAUGAUGGAGAUCCUACACGAUACGGACCUCUUUUCACGACUGGAGAUGUGGUGGGUUGUGGUGUGGAUAUAGCUCAAGGAAAGGCCUUUUUCACAAAGAAUGGCGUUUACCUUGGGAUUGCUUUCGACAACAUUGACACAUCACGUGAUCUCUUUCCUUGCUUUGGUCUCAAUACCGAGGGUGAACGCAUUACUGUGAACUUUGGUCAGGCCCCCUUUGUUUUUGAUAUUGAGAACCAUGUUCAAAAACAAAGAGCAGAUACCCUACGACGCUUACGGAAGCAAUGUGAAGAUCGCUACUUUUAUUAG